AUGGCUCAAUUCGAACAAUUCAAAGCUGCAAAAAUUCAUCCACUAUUAUAUCGCCCAUCAUUUGAUAUAUCACAUUUUGAUGUUCGUGGGAAUAAAACUUUUUCCAGCCAAAUAGAGACAUUUCAGGUUGGUCCAUCUGGACGAAAUAAAUUGUAUACUCAACCGGCUAGUUGGACAAGAUAUGGGUUGAAGGUGUUGGGCAAGUAUCCAAAUGACGACUGGCUACAUCCAUUUGGAAAUCCUGGAAACUGGUACAGAGCUUAUCAUGGAACAGGAAAUGCAACAGCUGCUGAUUUCGGUAAUCCUGAUGUUUUGAUAGAUAAGCAAUAUGCAGCUGUUGAUGCUGCUUCAAGUAUUUUUGAAAAAGGAUUUCGACCCGCUAGAACUGCUGUUCACAGAGUAGGUGUAUACUAUUCUCCAAACCCGAUUUUUCCAGAAAAUGGAUUUGUUAGUAAAGUUGUAUUAGAUACAAAGCGUGGAAGAAAAGCUUUUAAAUGUAUGUUACAAGUGGCUGUGAAUCCUGAUGGUGUCAAAUUUGCCACUAAUGAUAUAUGGGUCGUCGAAUCUCCUAAGAAUAUUCGAACUUAUGGAAUACUUAUUAAAGAAGCUUGA